GUGACAUCACCGGAAGCACAAUCACUGGCACGAGGAAGCGGGUAAGGAGUUUGCCCUCGUACCGCCGGACUUCGUGGUACUCUCUGGGUCUUUUGUUCCGGCAACAGUGCCCCACACCACAGAGGAGCUACGUUAUGUCGGAGGGGUCCGGUUCUGCGGAUGGGACCGGCAAGGUCAGUCGAGUCAUCCGGAUCGGAACGCGCAAGAGUCAGCUGGCUCGCAUCCAGACGGACAGCGUGGCGGCAAAGCUGCAGGAGCUGUACCCCGACGUCCGCCUGGAGAUAGUUGCCAUGUCAACCAUAGGAGAUAAGAUCCUCGACACGGCCCUGUCCAAGAUCGGAGAAAAGAGUCUGUUCACCAAGGAGCUGGAGAACGCUCUGGAGAGGAACGAGGUGGACCUGGUGGUGCACUCCCUCAAGGACCUCCCCACCAGCCUGCCUGCAGGCUUCACCAUUGGCGCCGUGCUGAGGAGGGAGAACCCCCAUGAUGCCGUGGUCCUCCACCCCAAGAACGCCGGGAAAACCUUGGCCAGCCUGCCCAAGAACAGUGUGGUCGGCACCAGCUCCCUGCGUCGCGCCGCUCAGCUGAAGAGGAGGUUCCCCCACCUGGAAUUCAAGGACAUUCGCGGGAACCUGAACACCCGGCUGAAGAAGCUGGACGACAAGGAGGACUUCGCUGCCAUCAUCCUGGCUGCAGCCGGGCUGAAGAGGAUGGGCUGGGAGGACCGGAUCAGCGCGGUGCUGCAGCCUGAGGACUGCAUGUACGCCGUAGGACAGGGGGCUUUGGCUGUGGAGGUUCGGGCCAAAGACACGGACAUCCUGGACAUGGUGUCGGUUCUCCACGACCCGGACACGGUGCUGCGCUGCAUCGCAGAGAGAGCCUUCCUUAAACGCCUGGAAGGGGGCUGCAGCGUUCCCGUGGCAGUGCACACCUACAUCAAAGACUCCCAGCUCUACCUGACCGGAGCCGUCUACAGUCUGGACGGAUCUGAGAGUCUGAAGGAGACCAUGCAGACCAGCAUCUGUUCGGGGGGGUCGUGCUCAGAGGAGGUGGAUGAGCGCCUGCAGAGGGUGGGGGUCACGGCCACCAAGAUCCCUGCAGACCUCCAGGAUGGGGCCGAGCGUCUGGGUGUGGACCUGGCAGACCUGCUGCUGACCAAAGGCGCCAAGGAGAUCCUGACGGUGGCGCGGCAGCUGAACGAUGCCAGAUAGAGGUCCCACAAAGAUUCUGGGAACGUCUUGAACUUAAGCUGAGAGGCUUUUGGGGGGGGCAGGUCUGCAGAGGCCCCUCGGAUCCUGGUCCAUCAGGACCUGCAGUGUGGACCUGAGUGCAGGCUCGGUUCUGAAGCCCCCCCUUCUGUCUGAGUUCACCUCUGACCUUUUACCCAAAGCAGUGUCGACCCCCCCCCCCCCCCCCCCCCCGAAAUCCCUGUUUAG